AUGUUGGCCAUAACCAUUCCAUAUCUACUAUUACGACGGAUCUUGAGCCGACUAUGGCAGCUUUUGCUCAAGAUCUCGAGAUACGUUUCCGUCUUCCAUUAUAGAUUGUACUUUGCAGUGCUACAUGAGCAAACUUUAGCCGCGUUUGCAUGGGAUCUCACCAAGACAUCUACCUUCAUCGCGCUAUGCGUGGCAUUCACCGUGUUGUUCAACCACAUCCCACGCACAGAGUACAUAUGCUACAAGUUUCUAUACCGGUUUGACUCGUAUUUCUUUGACAUUUGGAGCCAGCCAAUUGGCUCGCUAACGGGGUUGACGUUGACUGGACUCGCUGCGUACAUGAUGCUUUAUUAUUUCUAUACCGAUGAGGAGGAGGAGCCCACGGCUUUGCCCAACCAUUAUCACCACUAUCAGCAGGUGCUGCUCGCGCACUUGAAACCGUUGCAGAUAUCGCUGGUGUUGAUGAAUGAGAACGUGGUGCAUAUAUCUACCGCGAGCUCACGGGUUUCAACUGCAGAGUCAACCACAACCACAACCACGGGCUCUAGCUCGUCCACGUUGUCACCCGUUGGUGAUCCGUACAACAUAUUCGCAGAAGAGGCAGAGGUUUGGCAACUCAAUACCCCCGUCUCAAGCGAGUCCUUUGCAUACGAUAACCACAAGUUUCCCCAAGAUACAAACAAGUUCAAUCUUCAUAGCCUGUUUUGGGACAGAGCCCCCGUUAUCCUUUUCGGUUCCGCAUGGCUCAUCCUCAACAUUGUGCAAAAGGGGAAGCAUCCAGUUUACAAAACCAAAAACAUCGUCGCUUGGGCGUUUCACGUGCCGGUCCACUUUGCCGUGCCCCUAGUGGCAGUCGCAUGGCUUUACAUAUGGCACGCCCCCGGUGCAGCGCGUCUAUUAAUCACAUGUCUCGGGUUGCAAAACUGUGCUGUGCUCUUCACCUAUCUCGUGUUCCCCAAUGCUCCCCCGUCGUUUAUCAAGUUGUUUGGCGAGAACAGGGUGCCUUCAUUCGAUAUGGUAUACAGCGAUAGCCAAGCUUCCGAAGAUAAGAAAUUUUCAUUCAUACUCCACAAGGCGCUCCAUUAUGCUGCUCCGCAUAAGUUUGCUUCGUUUCCCUCGUUGCACUCGGCGUUUGCUUGCUUGAUCUGUUUUUUCGUGUGCCAUUACUCGAAAUGGUCCUGGUUUAAACUACUUAGUGUUGUCAAUGUCGUGGGCCAGUGGUGGGCCGAAGUAUAUUUGGACCACCACUGGAGAAUCGAUAGUUUAGCUGGGUUGGUCUAUGCUAUUGUUAUUUGGACAUGGGUGAGAAAUUACAACCAAAGUUUAGCCAAGAUCGAGCUGAAGUUUGAGCAAGCGAGGGCGAAUCGAGACUUUGUCAAUGGGAGCACCAUGGGGAUGCGAUUGUUUCGAGCGACAAAGUUGCAAAACUCCUUUGAUCCAAAGGCAUAA